AUCAUUUAGCAGUAUUUUAUAUGUGUGUUCGUAAAAAAUAUACGAAUUGUCAUUUAUAAUUAAUCAGUUAAUUGUAAUUGAAUUUAUAACAAUAUUUAUAUUUUUGAUGACAUUGGAUUAUAUGAAGUUGCAUUCGUUACAUUGACGAAACUAUACAUGUGUAAUUAAUUAGUGCGUUUGACGUGCAAUGAUUGUUAAUGAUUAUUGUUAUUACGUUUAAGUGUAUUUCUUAAAUAUAGAAAUGUACAAUACAACAUGACAUAAAUUGAUCUCCAAAUACAAUAUAAAAUAGAUUUAUUAUAAUGGGCAAUUGUAUACGAAGUAUGCUACAAAGGUUACAAAAGAAGAAAUGCUCCGAAAAGACUAUUAUUUUGCUUAUUGUGGGUCUUGAUAAUGCAGGAAAAACUUCGGUUUUGAACUGCAUCAGUGGAGAUUCAGAUAAAACUACAUUACCUACAAUGGGAUUUCAUGUAGUAUCUUUAAAGUAUAAAUCAUACACUGUAAAAAUUUAUGAUAUUGGUGGUAGCUCUCAAAUCAGAUCCUUAUGGCUAAAAUAUUAUAAUGGUAUACACGGCCUUAUAUAUGUAGUGGAUGCUAGUGAUAUUUCCCGCCUUACAGAAAAUAAAGUGGUAUUUGGUGAAUUAAUUUCACAUGAAUAUAUUUCGGGGAAACCAUUGUUGUUGCUUGCAAACAAACAAGAUAUAAAUGGGGCUAUUGAUGAAUUAGAUCUUGUUGAAAAUUUGGAUAUAGAACAUGCUGUGAAUACUAUGAAAUGUCCUACAAGAGUAGAAAUAUGUUCUUGUACUUGGAAAGAAGAUCAGUCAAAGGAUAAUACCAUAGGUAUUAAAAAUGGAUACAAAUGGCUGCUAGAUAUAAUAGUGAAAAACUAUACAGCCUUAAAUAAUAAAGUUAAAAAUCAAAAUGUUCAAGGUGAAAGAAAUAUUGAAGUACAAAGUAUAGCAUUAGAUUCACCAUCAAAGCUAUCAAUCCAUUCAAAUCCCUUUAAGCCAAUCAAAGAAUUAGUUUUAAAAAAGGAAAGUACUCAAACACCAAGUGUCUCACAAAAUGGUAUAGUAACAAAUGGAAAAAAGCUAAAGAAAAUGUUUACAUGUAGAAAUAAGACUGCACCACUUACUACUGAGGAAUCUGUUAUUGAAAUUAAUGAUACAUCACAAUCUGUUAAAUUUGCGCCAAAAGCAUUAGAAUCUCAAAAAAAUAUUCAGACACUUCCACCAAUAUUAAAUCCAAUAGCACUGGAUACAUAUUCAAAUAAUAUAGCAAUUAGAUUAAAAAAUAAUCGUCCAUAUACAGCUCCAGAGCGAUCUCAACGUUUUACAAAUAAGAUAACAGUAAUUAACAUUCCUGGACAAGUAGCAUGAAAAUAAUAUUUUCAAUUAUACAGAUAACAAUAUGGGACCACAAUUAAAGAAUAUAUUUAAAAUUGUAUCCAGACAAAAUAUUUUAACAACGAAUUUUUUAUAUUUAUCUGAUAUAACAAAAAAAGUGUUAGCAAUGUUUACUUUUAUAAUGUGAUCGAUUUGUGUAAAUACCUGUAUACGUACAUUUGUUCAUAAAAUAUAUCAAUAUAAAUAUUUUCUUCAUUGUUUAUGAUAUAAUGUACAUUUAAUUUGCGUUUAAAUUAUAUUUUAUGAUGCAUAUUUUUAAACUACAUAUUUUUAGUUUGAUAUUAAACACCAUUUCUUUUUUACUUAAACUUUAUUAUAUAUUGUACAUUUGCAUACAAAUUUAUGGUACGUAAGAGUACAUAAAAGUUUGGCAAAUAUACGUAUUACAAUAUAUAUGAAAGACUUACAAAAACUAUAGUAUAAGUAAAAAACUUUCGAUUAUAGAAUGGCAGUAAAAGUACAUAAAAAUUGUAUCAUAAAGCAUCCUUAUCACAAUUUACAGUACAAUAAAUAUUGUAAGUAGUUCCGUAA